AUGACUACAAGUGAGGAUGAUCGUAAUGAGAUACCCGAGUUGGAGGAUGCUAGUGAUGAUGAUGGAGUAGAAUACCCUGUAACAAGUGAGUCCCUUGUUGCCAGUAUGGCAACGCAACACAAUAACUAUAAAUGUCGAGGGUGGCCCAGUGUCCAUAAUCCUGAAGAUCAACAAGAAUCUCCUAGAGAUUCAGAAAACCUUGUGGAUGUGGCAACUCACCUUAUAGAGGCUUUCACUAGUGGGCAAACCGCCAUGCAAGUACAAGUCCCACAUCUGACUGCUUUUGAUCGCUUCUGCAAACAGCAUCCUCCGUUGUUAGAUGCAGAUAAUUGGUUAGAGCGCUUGGAGAAAAUUUUCAGUGUAAUCAGCUGUACCGAGGAACAAAAGGUAGAAUUUACAGCAUAUAACUUGGUUGAUGUGGCCAAUGGGUGGUGGAAGGCCACUCACGGAUUUAUUCAGCAGGAAUUGGGUGAAGCUACCCCUAUAUCAUGGAAUAAAUUUAAAGAGGCAUUUAAUGACUGGUUCUUUCCUGUAUCCAUUCGAGAGGCCAAGGCCCGAGAGUUUGUUGACUUGAAACAAGGGACAAUGACAGUGAGACAGUAUGCAUCAAAAUUUGUGGAGUUGUUGAGAUUUGCCCCACACUUGGUCCACACCGAGGCACUAAAGGCCGAGAAGUUUGAGCGAGGCCUAAACCCCAGAAUUAUGGACUCCCUUCUUGCAUUGAAAAUUAGAAAGUUCGCGGACUUGGAAGAUAGAGCAGUGAUACUUGAGGAGAAUUUACGAGUCCGGGCAAGGGAAUUCAAUCAAAGGAAGAGGCCAUUUUAUGCCAUGGAGCAAAAUAAGGGCAAGAGACCUAUGUACAGCCCGAUGCCCAAGCCAAUCCAAGUGGUCAAACCUCCCCAACGUGGUACAACAGCGCCUCACCCCGCAUGCCAAAACUGUGGCAAAUGUCAUGCCGGGAAGUGCCUUAUGGGGACUAACAUUUGCUUUAAAUGUGGUAAGAUAGGUCAUUUGGCACGGGAGUGUACAGUGCUUGUGGCCCCUAAUACUCAAGUGCAGAAUCAAGGGCAGAAGAAUCCAACACCGACUCGAGUUUUCACGUUAACAUUUGAUGAUGCUGAUACUUAUCCUAAUUUGGUAACAGGUAUUCUUCCCCUGUUUUCACAUUGUGCUUUAGUACUAUUUGAUUAUGGUGCUACGCAUUCAUUUAUAUCCCAUAAAUAUGCAUGCCUGAGGGAGAGAGCACCUAAACCUCUUGAGCCAGUGAUGUCUGUUUCUUCACCUCUCAGGAAAUCCAUGAUUUGUCAGUUUGUGUUGAAGGGUUGCGCGAUAAAGAUACAAGAUCGACAUCUCCUUGCUGAUUUGAUAUUAUUUGAUAUGGAGUUCGAUGUGAUUUUGGGCAUGGAUUGGUUGUCUCAAUACCAUGCUAGCUUGGAGUGCUUCAAGAAGGAAGUAAUCUUUAGACCACCAGGUGAGUUAGAGUUCCGUUUCUAUGUUGCGGCUAAGAGUAUUAUGCCGAAGGUGAUCUCUGCAUUAAAGGCCACCACUAUGUUAAGGAAGGGUUGUGCAGGAUUUCUUGCUAGUUUGGUGAUGCCACAACCAAAUGGGCCUAAGUUGCAAAAUAUAGAGGUGGUGAAGGAUUUUCCUGAUGUUUUUCCAGAUGAACUACCUGGCUUACCUCCGAAUAGGGAGAUUGAGUUCUCUAUAGAUAUCAUUCCGGGAACGGCACCUAUCUCUAAAAUGCCAUACCGGAUGGCACCUGUAGAGCUCAUGGAGCUUAAGGAUCAAUUGCAAGAAUUGUUGGAAAAAGGCUUUAUUCGCCCUAGUGUAUCACCGUGGGGUGCACCAGUUCUCUUUGUGAAAAAGAAGGAUGGGUCGUUGCGACUUUUUAUCGAUUAUAGAGAACUUAAUAGGGUGACCGUUAAGAAUCGGUAUCCUCUACCACGGAUUGAUGAUUUAUUUGAUCAACUUCAAGGAUCCCAAGUAUUUUCAAAGAUUGAUCUCCGAUCAGGGUACCAUCAGUUGAAGAUUAAGGCGGAGGAUAUUCCAAAGACUGCUUUUAGAACGAGAUAUGGACAUUAUGAAUUUUUAGUGAUGUCCUUUGGAUUGACUAACCCCCUAGCCGCUUUCAUGGACUUGAUGAAUCGUGUCUUUCAGAAGUAUAUUGAUCAGUUUGUAAUAGUAUUUAUUGAUGACAUUCUUAUUUAUUCAAGAACCCCGGAAGAACAUGUGAAGCAUUUGGAGGUUGUUCUUCAAGUUUUGCGGGAGAAGAAAUUAUAUGCUAAGUUGAAUAAGUGUGAGUUUUGGUUACAAAAGAUUUCUUUUCUUGGCCAUAUAAUUUCAAAGGAUGGUAUUUCUGUAGAUAUUGCAAAGUUGGAGGCGAUAGUGGAAUGGCCUAGACCAAAAACUAUUCAAGAAAUUAGAAGCUUCCUUGGUCUUGCGGGGUAUUAUCGAAGAUUUGUUGGAGGGUUUUCUCGCAUCGCAGUUCCUUUAACGACCUUGACCCGAAAGGGUGAGGAAUUCAUAUGGACUACAGAAUGUGAGAAAAGGUUUCAGGAGCUCAAGGAGAAACUUGUGACGGCAACUAUUCUUACUAUACCUUUGGGUACGGAAGGAUUUGUGAUAUACAGUGAUGCCUCACACAAAGGGUUGGGGUGUGUUCUUAUGCAGCAUGGAAAAGUUGUAGCGUAUGCUUCGCGUCAACUUAAGGAUUAUGAGCGCAACUACCCAACCCAUGAUUUAGAGUUGGCUGUUGUGGUAUUUGCCUUAAAGAUAUGGCGACAUUACCUUUAUGGGGAACAUUGUGUAAUUUAUACGGACCACAAGAGUCUAAAAUAUUUCUUCACUCAAAAGGAGUUAAAUAUGAGGCAGCGUAGAUGGUUGGAGCUAUUGAAAGAUUAUGAUUGUAAUAUCAACUACCACCCCGACAAAGCUAAUGUAGUUGUUGACGCCCUUAGUUGGAAGUCUUCUUCUGGCACUCUUAGGAGUAUGUAUACUCCCCAGAAAUUUGUUCUUCUAGAUAUGGAGAAGCUGGGAGUGGAAAUGGUGAAGGAUGUACAAGCAAGGCUGAAUAGCCUAGUUCUUGGCCCGACAAUAUUGGACCAAAUUAAAGCUGCUCAAAGUGAAGACCUUAACCUCCAGAAGAUCAAAGCAGAUGUUUUAGAAGGAAAACAACCUGAUUUUGUUAUUUCUGGUGAUGGAUCAUUGCGAUUUAAAGGAAGAUUGUGUGUACCAGCUAAAAAGGAACUAAGGGAUCUAAUAUUGAGGGAAGCACAUCGGUCUCUAUACACAGUGCAUCCAGGUAGUACCAAAAUGUAUCGAGACCUGAGACAACACUACUGGUGGAGCGGAAUGAAAUGA